CCAUAUAGUUAACAUUAUUGCAUGUCAAAUCAAGAUUAGACUUGAACUUCUCUUAUUUCCACCAAAGAUCUCAAAAACAAUAAACAAGACUAAAAUAGAGCGAGGGAUCACUAAUUCUCUACGUACUCAUCUAAAAGCUUUAUACUACAAAAUAAUAUCACUCAUUCUCUACCUACUCAUCUGAAAGCUUUAUACAAAAUAGUUGAAGUCAAAUCGCAAAACAUAAAUAAGUGAUCAACCGACUUUUGAAUGAACCACACACCCCUCCAACCUCAUGCUCGUCUUUCAUAGUUCGCUUAAAAAAAGACCAUAGACAAACUUAUAUGCCCUAUGCCCAACUUUUUUUACCAAGAUUCCACGCCCAAGUAUAUUUAUAGACAUUCUUAUUUAUCAAACAUACCAUCAACGGAACUUAUUUUUGUUUUCUUCCUAUUGAAUCACCAACAUAUUACUACAGGACUCUCAAUAAUUCUUUUCAAAGUGUACAAUUCAAAUAUAAUUAUACGACUGAGUCAUGGGUUUAAUUAUAAUUCAACUUGUCUGUCACAAAUCUCGUGAUCCAUUAACCUUUUAGAGUAGAUAACCAACAACAUGAUGAAAGGUUUUCCUUUUUUGUCCACAUCUCGCCAUCAAUCAUCUGGACUGUAGUUAAAUGUACUCAAAGAAAGGUUGAAUGGUAUGUCCACCAGAUCCAUGCAUUCGUCACCUCAAACGUCACCACCCACAAGCCAAAACAUUCUUUCUACAAAUUUGUAAAAUAAGACUGUACAAAGAAAAAAUUGUAAAAAGUUUUUUUGCAUCCCAUAUAUAUAGAAAACAAUUUUCUAUAUAUCUCCAUCACACUCCACCACCAACCACCAUGCCUUCCCACCGCCACCACCGCAUCCUCCUCAUACCAUACCCUGUACAAGGCCACAUAAACCCCACCUUCGAAUUCGCAAAACGACUCAUCACUUUAGGUGCACAUGUCACUAUCUCUACCACCCUACACAUGCACAACCGCAUCACCAACAAACCCACCCUCCCUAACCUCUCUUAUCUUCCUUUCUCCGACGGCUUCGACGACGGUUUUCAAGGCAAAGACAAAGAUGCGUACUUACUCUACCACGCAGAGUUCAAACGCCGCGGCUCUGAGUUUGUUGUAAAAACAAUACUCUAUAACUCACAACAAGGUACCCCCUUCACUUGCUUAGUUCACUCCCUUCUCCUUCAGUGGGCCGCGCAAGCCGCGCGUGAGCUUCACCUCCCGACGGCUUUGCUCUGGGUUCAACCAGCCACCGUUUUCGAUAUCUUAUAUUACUACUACCACGGAUUCUCUGAUUCCAUCAAAAAACCUUCACGCUCCAUUGAAUUGCCAGGGUUACCACUAUUGCUUUCACCACGUGAUUUGCCUGUGUUUCUAUUGGAGUCAUGUUCAAGUGCUUACGCUCUACUGGUUUCAUUCUUUGAGCAACAAUUCAACGACCUUGAUGUUGAAACAAACCCUACAACAAUACUUGUUAACUCGUUUGAAGCAUUGGAACCAGAGGCGUUGAGAGCCGUUGAAAAACUAAACAUGAUUUCCAUCGGACCGUUGAUUUCUUCUGCGUUUUUGGAUGAGAGAGAUCCAACGGAUGGUACUUCAUUUGGAGGUCAUGCACAGGCUCACAUCUUCCAACCUUCCAAUGGUUGUGUUGAAUGGUUGGACUCUAAGACAGAGAAGUCGGUUGUUUAUGUUUCGUUUGGUAGUCAUUGCGUGGUAUCAGAGAUACAAAUGGAGGAAAUCGCACGUGCUUUGUUGGAUUGUGGAUUUCCAUUCUUGUGGGUGAUUAGGGAGGCGAAAGAGGGAGAGAAGGAGGAAGAUUUGAGUUGUAGAAAGGAGUUGGAAGAGAAAGGGAAGAUAGUGAAAUGGUGUUCACAAGUGGAAGUUCUUUCACAUCCUUCUUUGGGUUGUUUUUUGACUCACUGUGGUUGGAAUUCGACUUUGGAAAGCUUGGUGUCAGGGGUUCCUAUGGUGGCGUUUCCUCAGUGGGCAGAUCAGACGACAAAUGCAAAGUUGAUAGAAGAUGUGUGGAAGAUAGGAGUGAGAGUGGAUCAUGAAUUGAAGGAGGAUGGAACUGUAGGAGGGGAUGAAAUUAGGAGGUGUUUGGAAGUGGUGAUGGGGAGUGGAGAGAAAGGAGAUGAAAUGAGGAGGAAUGCAGAGAAAUGGAAGGGUUUGGCCAGAGAGGCAGUGAAUGAAGGCGGCUCUUCAGAUAAGAAUCUGAGGGCCUUUUUGGAUCGUAUUGCUGAAUCAUGAUAAUUAGAUAUACGGCUGAAAAUGCAUAAUUCAAAUGGGGCCACUGUUAGAAUUUCAAACUGUUAGGGUGUGUUUGGAAUAAGAGAAAGACAUAAGAGAGAAAUAGGGGAGAGAGAGACAAUUUCUUUUGUUUUGGAUUGAAGAGAAGUCGAGAAGAGAGGCCAAAUAAUGGUGGGACCCAUAUCUUUUCUUGUUCUCUCCAGUUUGAGAAGAAAGGAGAUGAAAAGGCGGGCUUCCAUUUUUAAUCCCAAUUAUUUAUAAUAUUUUCUUUAAUAAACACUUAUGUAGAGAUA